AAAUGCCGGCCUCGUGCAGCCGAGACUCCGCCCCCCUGCCGGUCGGCCCGCCCGCGCCUCCAGCGGAAGCCGGAAGCAAAAGCGGGCCCUGCUAGCCCCGCGCUCGGUGGUCUCGGAGGCUCCGCGGGAUUGGGGAGAAGAUGGCGGAGGAGGAGUUCCCCAACACAACUCAUGAAGGUUUCAAUGUCACCCUUCAUACCACCCUGGUGGUCACUACGAAACUGGUGCUCCCGACCCCUGCCAAGCCCAUCCUCCCGGUGCAGACAGGGGAGCAAGCUCAGCAGGAAGAGCAGUCGAGCGGCAUGACCAUUUUCUUCAGCCUCCUCGUCCUCGCUAUCUGCAUCAUAUUGGUGCAUUUACUGAUCCGAUACAGAUUACAUUUCUUGCCAGAGAGUGUUGCUGUGGUCUCAUUAGGUAUUCUCAUGGGAGCAGUUAUAAAAAUUAUAGAGUUUAAAAAACUGGCAAAUUGGAAGGAGGAAGAAAUGUUUCGUCCAAACAUGUUUUUCCUCCUCUUGCUCCCACCUAUUAUAUUUGAGUCAGGAUACUCGUUGCACAAGGGUAAUUUCUUUCAAAAUAUUGGUUCCAUCACCCUAUUUGCUGUUUUUGGUACAGCAAUUUCCGCUUUUGUUGUAGGUGGAGGAAUUUACUUUCUGGGCCAGGCUGAUGUAAUCUCUAAACUCAACAUGACAGACAGUUUUGCAUUUGGCUCCCUGAUUUCUGCCGUUGAUCCAGUGGCCACUAUUGCUAUUUUCAACGCCCUUCAUGUGGACCCAGUGCUCAACAUGCUGGUGUUUGGAGAGAGCAUUCUCAAUGACGCAGUCUCCAUUGUCCUGACCAACACAGCUGAAGGUUUAACAAGAAAAAAUAUGUCAGAUGUCAGUGGGUGGCAGACCUUUUUACAAGCCCUUGGCUACUUCCUCAAAAUGUUCUUUGGCUCUGCGGCACUUGGUACCCUCACUGGCUUAAUAUCUGCAUUGGUGCUGAAGCACAUUGACCUGAGGAAAACGCCUUCCUUGGAGUUUGGCAUGAUGAUCAUCUUUGCCUACCUUCCGUACGGGCUCGCAGAAGGGAUCUCGCUCUCGGGCAUCAUGGCCAUCCUGUUCUCCGGAAUUGUGAUGUCACACUACACGCACCACAACCUGUCUCCGGUCACCCAGAUCCUCAUGCAGCAAACCUUGCGGACCGUGGCCUUCUUGUGCGAAACAUGUGUGUUUGCAUUUCUUGGCCUGUCCAUUUUUAGUUUCCCUCACAAGUUUGAAAUUUCCUUUGUCAUCUGGUGCAUAGUGCUUGUGCUGUUCGGUAGAGCGGUGAACAUUUUCCCCCUCUCCUACCUCCUGAAUUUCUUCCGUGACCAUAAAAUCACCCCGAAGAUGAUGUUCAUCAUGUGGUUCAGUGGCCUGCGGGGCGCCAUCCCCUACGCCCUGAGCCUCCACCUGGACCUGGAGCCCAUGGAGAAGCGGCAGCUCAUCGGCACCACCACCAUCGUCAUCGUGCUCUUCACCAUCCUGCUGCUGGGCGGCAGCACCAUGCCGCUCAUCCGCCUCGUGGACAUCGAAGACGCCAAGGCGCGCCGCCGGAGCCGCAAGGACAUCAACCUCAGCAAGACCGAGAAGAUGGGCAACACCGUCGAGUCGGAGCACUUGUCGGAGCUCACGGAGGAGGAGUACGAGGCCCACUACAUCAGACGGCAGGACCUCAAGGGCUUCCUGUGGCUGGACGCCAAGUACCUGAACCCCUUCUUCACACGGCGGCUGACCCAGGAGGACCUCCACCACGGGCGCAUCCAGAUGAAAACGCUGACCAACAAGUGGUAUGAAGAGGUGCGCCAGGGCCCCUCGGGCUCGGAGGACGACGAGCAGGAGCUGCUGUGAUGGAGCGACGCCCCGGACGACCCCGCAAGGCCUCAGACGCGCGCACGGGCAGCUCUCCGCUCUUCAGGGCGGAGGGAAGGAGGGGGACACCCGGGCCGGGGUCGUCGCAGCCCAGGACUCCGGACCCUGUGGGCCAGCCGACUGCCCUGCAGCGCCCCCUCCCCGCUCCUCACUGGGCCUGACCGCGGCCCGCAGACUGGAGGGCCCCCGCGCAGGUAGAUUCUUCCUGUUGCUUCCAGAGCCAGGGAGCAUUCGUCUGUCCAGCGAGGUGCCCGAGAGAACCCGCCGUGCGGGGUGUCCCGGGAGCGCGGUGCCAGUCACCGCCAUCCCUGGCUGCUGCCUUCAUCACGGAGCCCUUCCCUGCCGGGGGGCGUCGAAACCCGCGGGGCCGCAAGCCGGCCGCCGCUUCCCCGCGCCUCGUCACGGUGCCGCGGCUCUCAUCGAGCGGCGGGCUCAGAACCCUCAGAACCUCGCCCUCCCCUUCGUGAUGUUGCUCUCGCUCCGUGAAAAGGAGAAACCGAGUGACCGUUUUUGUUUUACCUCCGACUGGCACCUCACAGGCUGUCUCCCCAGGCGGCAGGCGGCUCCCGCCUUCUCCGGGAAUGCUGUGAAUGUUUACACUGGAACCGCGCGCGCACAGGCCCUCGAGCCUCGCUGGAAGCUGCAGCCCUGGUUUGGGGGGUGAGUGAGCCUCUGUGGGCUCAGAGCGCCCUCUGGAGGGGAAACGUGGAGGCGCGGUUUGUGCGGGCCUGCAGCCGCUGUCUGAAUUCGGUUUAAGUUGCUGCACUUUGACGGAGCAUGAGAGCCUAGCAGUACCUCCCUGACCUGACUCCGCUCAGAGGUCCUCGUUUGCCCAGGCCCCUUUCCCUGGGCCCCAACCGCGGGUGACCCGCUGCGCCGUCAGCUCAUCAGCAUCUCUCCUUUCCCGCUCCCUGUUCUCUGCCGUCUUGGGUUCUGUUUGUCCACCGUGCACCCGGGACUUCCGUGGCCUGGAGCCGGAUACAUCCGCGCCUCAUCCGCCAUGCGCGAGCAGCUACUGCUACCUCGGGACUUACCCACAGGGCGCUUGCACGUGCUCGCGCGCUCUUGCUCUCUCUCUCUCUCUCUCACACACACACACACACACACACACACACAGAGCACCGUGGUCCGGCCCCUGGGCCAUCUCAAGGUGUGAGCUGCCCAUCAUCACCAGAUGAAUGGAGUCACUGAGUUGCCCGCAUCCACCCCCGUCACCGGCCCUUUAACACGUCUCUACCUGGCUUGCUCUGUGCAUCCCCAGGCCACCGGCAAUUUCUAUAUGUGGCUCAGGGUCCCAGCUGGAGCCUCGGAACUCGGCGCCCCCUGGGGUGGUAUAAUUCAUCGCUAGCACGUCCCUGGGUCUGUUGGGGACCCGGUGGGCCGGCGUGGACCUUGGGCUGGCAGCAGAGCUGUCUCCGUCUUUUCCGCCCCAGGCAGGGUGGCUCAGGGUGUGAGGAGGGACGGACCUCAGGACCUUCCAGGACUCACGUGCCCUGCGUGCAAGGCCGGACCCCUGCCCUCACCCUUCCCCUUUCCCCGGAAGUGUAGGUGAGAAGCCAGGCAGGCGGACAGCCCAUGGCUUCCUUUUUGUGCAUGAAAAGUAAAUCUGUACUUGACUGCUAAAAGGUGAUCACUUCAUUUUGUCACAUCCCACCUUAACCUCGUAAUUUGAGCCAAAUAGGAUUAUUUUACUCCACCUAAUCUCCCCACUGGAAGAUUAAUGCCAGGCUUGAUUCCGGUCUCCAUCAUUUCCGGUUUCUUGUUAGUGGAAAAGUAAAAGAUGAAGUGGAGGGGACCUCUGUCCAUGUGCAGGGUGGGGGGAGGGCAGCAGGCCUCAGAGACCGAAUUGUCCUCUCAUUCUUAAGUUCAUCAGUAACUUGCCUCCCCACCCGCCUUGAAAUUCAGUCAGAUCUUGAGGUGUAAGUUGCAUUGUAAAUUCAAUAGCCUGCCAGAAAAGACUCUUUUUCGGCUGUGAGUACAUAGAUAUGGAAACAGGUCCUUCUCCGUUCACUGUGCCCUUGGUCACCAAGUCUCACCGGGCCUCCCACUUUUAGCUGAGACCCGAGAAGGACACUCCGUAGAGAAGCACGUGAGGGGCCUGGUGGAAGUUCCCCGGGGCUUGGCUGUGUGGAGGUGCUUGCCGGGGAACCCUUCCUGGUCUGGACGGGCACUAGCCUGGACUUUCUGUGGGCCGCUGCUGCCCUCUGCUGGCCGAGUCGAGGUUGCGCAGUGUGGGAGCGCAGCCCGCGGGGAUGCGGGGAGCCCGUGUUCCUCAGCGUUCUGCGCAUUCACCUUUGCAUAGGCCAGAGCCCAUGGCGAGGUUUUUCUGGUGGACUUCUUUCAGCUGUCGUCGCCUGAGAAUAAAAAACUGCUGUCUGCCUUUACCGUUCCUGGGGUUUUCCUGGUGGCUUAGCUGGUAACGAAUCCACCUGCAAUGGGGGAGACCUGGGUUCGAUCCCUGGGUUGGGAAGAUCCCUUGGAGAAGGGAACAGGCUGCCCGCUCCAGUAUUCCAGGCUGUAUAAUUACGUGGACUGUAUGUAUAGUCCAUGGGGUCGCAGAGAGUCAGACACAACUGAGCGACUUUGUCUUUACCAUUCCUAAUAGUUCUAUUGUUUGGGGCAGUAAAAGCCUAGGAGAUUUUUUUAAGCCCAACUUCCCACAUGCUUCCUUUUAGGUCUAGGCCAUGGGACAGGAGAUCUGUAGCACACAGAGAAGGUAAUAACUUUAGAGAGAGGUGAAGGCUGCAAAGUCAGUGAGUGCCUCUGGGAAAGGUAGUCAGUUAGCCAGUGAACUCUGAAGACCUGCUGUCUUGGGGAGUCCUGCAGCAAUAAUCCCACAUCCCAAGGCCCCCAAGCAGCUCUGUGGUUGUAGGACCCCUGGAAACAACCGUACUUGGAGGUUUGGGGCGUGAGGCCUUAACAGGGAAAGAAGCUGGCUUUUCCUGGUCCCCCAGAGGUCAUGUUUGGGCUGGGCUGGCGCAAGGCCUGGCGGAAGGUGGCUCAGUCCCAUCGUCUGGGGCUCAGACCCUCGGCCCAGGGGCAGGCCAAAGGGCCGCUUACCCCAGGCAAGUCACCUCUUCAGACUGGGCUGCUGGCGGGGCCCUGGCAGCCCCUGCGUCCCCUAGGUCGGCCUCGUUUGCCUGCAGACUCUUGCGUGUGCAGCGGCAUGUGGAAAAUCCUCCAGUGGGGUGCCUUCUCCUUGAAGCCAGCGUCAGAGGUGGCCCCGUGGGAUUUCAGGUCCACAAGCCCCCAGGGGCCCACACAUUUGGCAGAGCCCCCAGCGGGCAGGCAGUCAGGAUCGCUCUUCUGCUCUGGUGAGAAGGGCCAGGGUGGGCCGGGCUGGGGGCAGUCCGAGGCGCAGGCCUGGCUGAGGGUGGGUCUGGCCUUGGAGCUGGUCCCUGAUUCUGGCAUGAGGAGGACUCUCAGCAGUGACUGGCCGUCAGUUACACUUUCAAGGCCAAAAAGAGGAAAAGAUCCUUCUCGGCUUCCCGUUCACUGGCUCCAGAACGCAGGCACAGGUGUCUCCUGCUGGGCGGUGGGUAGGAAACCAAAUCUGAAGGGUUCCUGAUGGAGCAGCCAGGAUCAUUGAGAAGGUGUUCUUCCAGGAGCCUGGUCUCCAAAGCCCCAGACUGUAUGUUUUAAAUGAAAACACAGCAGUCAGAGUGAAGGCUGGGAACGAGCAGGCAGUUCCCUGCCGCCCAGUCUCCUGCCGUUUCCCUCACAAAUGGAGUCAGAUCUUCAGGGACUUCCACCAUCUUGCCCUGUGUUACAGACAAAAGCAGACUUUCUCAUGGCCCCUGGCCCACCCCACGUCACCGAUUCUCAUCCCAGAUGACAUGGUCCCUAAUCCCGGCGGGAAACAGAAGCGUGGCGCUUCCCACCCGAGAGCAGGUCUUCGCCCAGCUGCUCGGCGGGAGCGUCACGGCUUCCAGGCGAGAAGGCUGAGUGGUCGGAGCACAGCCGUGGGCCCCUGAGGCCGCGGAACUGACGGGGCGCAUGCAGCUUAGUGGUCGGAAGAGAAGGGUCACCUGCCGGUGCUGGGGGCCCAUCCAAGGAGCCCGCCAGCCACACGCGAGAGCCGCUUCCUCAGGCCCAGCCCUGCUCUGAGGAGCUGAGACAGCACCCAGGCCAGGCAAGGCACCUUACUCGCUGGGCCUCCUCGAGGUGUGUGGCUGUGUGUGUGAACGUGUGUGUGUGUGUGUGUGUGUGUGUGUACGCGCGCUCGCUCAGUAAUGUAUGAUUCUUUGUGAUCAUGGAUUGUAGCCUCCUGGGCUUCUCUGUCCAUGGCAUUCUCCAGGCAAGAAUACUGGAGUGGGGUGGCAUUUCCUCCUCCAGGGGAUCUUCCCAGCCCAGGGAUCGAGCCUGCGUCUCGUGCGUCUCCUACAUUUGCCAGGCGGAUUCUUUGCCACUGUGCCACGUGGGAAUCUAGAACGUUUUCUCGAGUACAGCUCCUGCAAAACUUGGUGUGUUCAAGGUUAAUCAGAAUCUUGUAUUCUUUUGAGUAGUUUUCUUUGUAAAAAUGAAGGAUUUUUUAAAGCACUCUGUUUUGAUAGAAGGACCGUGGGGAAGGCCAGCCUUGUUCCUCUGUCCUCCCCCAGGUAAGCCCGGUCCUGGCUUCUGAGUGAUCUGCUGCUCGUGGUGGGGCUGCGGGCUGGGGAGGGGACGCGGGGUCAGAGGUGGAGGGACCCGCGGCUCAGCCCCUGCCUCGUCUCACUGGGCUCUGUAAGAGUUGAGAGGUGGACGGAAAACAGUAAUGUCACUGGAUGCUUCUUUAGAAAUAAAAACGAACGCUGCUGAA